AGCAGACUACUGGCUAUGGAGUCGCGCUCAGGGGGCACUGCGGACCGUAGGGGGAGCAGAGGAGGUAUGGGAGAGGUGGAGCCGCGGCCUUCCUCGCGGGCCCUGGCCCCCCGGGGGCUGCUGGCGCGGCUAGACUCGCGCCCCCUGGCGGCUGGAGCUGCUGCAGAUGAGUGGGCGCUGGUACGCAGGGCGGGCGACACUUUGCGCCUGCGCCACAAGGAGGCCAUUAACAUGCUGGACUCUGCGGACAUAGAAGUCAUAGACAGUCGCCUACCUCAUACCACUGUUGUGGAACACCAACCUCAGCAUUUUAGGUCAGAGACUCUGGGUAUUCCUACUGCGCCAACUCGAGUGACCCAGGAUAAGGCAAGAUGUGCUUCAAAGCCACUCCAGGCCUCUGGUCGGUUCUCUGUGGAGCUAGUCCGCAAUCACACAGGCUUUGGCCUCACUUUAAGUGGGGGCCGAGAUGUAGCAGGUGAUGCUCCACUGGCUGUGCGUGGGUUGCUGAAGGAUGGGCCAGCACAGCGUUGUGGUCAUUUGCAGGCUGGUGAUCUCAUUCUCCAUAUCAACGGAGAGUCAACGCAGGGACUUACCCAUGCCCAAGCGGUGGAUCGGAUCCGAACUGGAGGUUCCCGGCUUCGGCUUGUGUUGCAGAGGCCUAAUGAGACUCAAACUGACUGCCGUCCAGAUCUUGUAGGUCCGGCGAUGAUGAAGUCUCACAGUGCCAGCCUUUCCCCAGUUCACCACCCUCAAUUCAAUAGGACCCCAAAGACGCGGGGCAGCCCUGAGCCUAGUCCAGAGGCAGUGGUCGACGCUCCCGCAGUUCCUCCAGCAGAGCGCCACAUGGAGGACCCUGAUGACCGUAUCCCUGGUUCCCCAGGACCCUGGCUGGUGCCGAGUGAGGAACGGCUCUCGCGGGCCCUAGGUCUCCCAAGGGCUGCGCAGCUCGCUCAGGAGACAGCAGCUGGAAGGAGAAGGCACUGAGCAGACGACAUAGGGCUCUGUGCUCACUUGGUAGGGUCCAGUCUGGAUCCGAUGGGCCCCGACCGCAAUGCAUUAGCGUCGGGCUGAGAGCUCCUACUUGUCUGGUCUUCCCUCCCACCAAGUAGUUGACUGGCCCGCGCUCCCCUCCAAGCGUCUGCAGUCCAGCCUUCCCAGACCCCCUCAAACCCACGCUUCUGGUUCUGGGCGGGGAUGUAAUAAAAUGGUUUGAUCUAGUCUUGACUUGCCAGGUGCUCCAGGAGGGGUGGGGCUUCCAGAUCACCCUGGAAAGGAGGGGGUGGGUCCAUCCGGUUUCGAGGAGGACCUCUAGUAACCAGCGAUGAGCUGCGCGCAGUUGCUUUCAAGUUUUCGCUUCUGCCCAUCGUCGCUGGGCUCGCGGGCUUGCUCCCCUUUCAUUUUCCUUGUGUUAACUCCUGCUCCUCCCCAUUCAUUCAUUUCACUCGUUUGGAGACGUGAAACGCUCCACAUAUAUGAUUGUGGCAUGGGGAAUACAGACGUGGACCUAUUGUGGUAGUGUCCUCAACAUAUACCUGCUGUCGCAGCUCAGAAUCGUUCAGACUCUCAGCUUACAUAAAGAUAGCAAGUCUAGAAGCAGGGCGGCUUUCCUCCCUAGGAGUCUGCGGUCUCCCAUUUCCGGCCUAGAAGCCAGCUUUUGCUGGCACGGAGACUGCCAUCCUCAGGGUACAGGCUGGGGCCCUGGAGCCCCCUUUGGGACAGGAGCCGGGAAGGUGUGAGUCAUCGCCCGGGGCUGGGCCAGGCUAAAAAGAGCAGUUAGAACCUUUGGGCCACGCCCCACUUUUCCAUAGAUGGUGACGAACUGCAGCGGGCCUUGUGCUUACACGCCAUAUGCUGGGCGUUCCGGGUCCCUAGAGAAACACAGAAUUUCCUCCACCCUUCCAGCGGAGCCCCACAGCUGGGGCUUAUAAGACCAGCGGGAUUCUAACCAGGGUAGCCCCAAGGCAACUGCAGUCUGAGACCAGAAAUAUUAGGACACCUUUGCGGUCACCACAUCCUGAACACUGGGCCCCAACCCCCCAAGGAGGGAAGCUGUGGUCUGACUGGAACUGGCAACUUUCAGUCCCUAUGGUGAAGAGGUGUGGAAGUGGAGAGAGAAAUUAAAGGGUCAGAGUGCGAGAGUCUGGGGUUGUGCUGGAGUGGAGACAAGGAUUGCAAAACUGAGUUGGAUUAUGAAGAACAUUUUAAUGGUUAGCACCGUACACAUAGCAGUGAGUGUCCGUCUUCCAGCUACCCUUGACUCAGAGCCUGGAGGAAGCAUGACUCCACAGUUGUCAGGAAGGGUUCUAGAGCCCCAUUCCUAUAAACACAGUCACACCCAGGGGACUAAUUAUAAUAAUCCCAGUCACAUUUAUCUCAUAUCACUUCAUCUCUGCUAGUGGUUUUAGUGCAGUAUUUAUUUUCAUCUAGUUACACACCAACUCAAGUAGCCUGUAGGUCCAUUUCACAGUGGGGGAAAGCAAGGCCCCAAAUGAAAAUAGCUUGAGGUGUGUGUGUGAAGAGGUUGAAGUAAGAGUUAAUCAAACUUGAUUUCUGAACCUGUCCUCUUAAUCUCACCUAUAUUUGACAAGUAGUAAUAGAAACUUGGCUGUCUGUAUACCUUGCAUGAAAGUAUUAUGGAGAUACUUGUGGAAUAAGACAUAAAGAUUCCAUCUAAUGGGAUGAAUAAAGGUUAUUGUUACAUUUCCAAA